GACUACAGCGGUCGCGACCUGACGAAGGAGUUUUACACCAAGGGGUCGAUGAAGCGCGCGAACUUUAGCAACAGCAACCUCUCUGGGGUGACGUUGUUCGGCGGCGACUUGUCCUACGCGAACUUCACGGGCGCGGACCUCUCGAACGCGAACAUCGGACAGUGUAACCUCACGGGGACGAUCUUCACGAACGCGAACCUCUCCGGCGCGAUCGUCUCCGGGGCGAACAUGGACGAACUCGGGGACAUCACCGGAAGCGACUGGACCGACGUCAUUGUUCGGAAGGACGUGAACGAUAAGAUCUGCGCGAAGGGCGUCUCGGGGGAGAACCCGGUCACGGGAAACCCGACCGCGAUGACGCUGUUCUGCGAUUGA